AUGGAAAUGAUGGAAAUGAUGGAAAUGAUGGAAAUGAUGAAGAUGAUGAAAAUGAUGGGAAUGAUGGGGAUAUUGAGGGCCAAGUGGAAUCGCUGGAAAAACCCUGGCAUCAUCGUUAUCAGACCCAGCGAAAAAGAAGGCGCGAGUGUGCGAAUAAACAUCGGAGAAAUACCCUUAGGACGCAAUUCUCUCAUCUACUGAAAAAGAUAAAAACAACAUCGGAAAAUUCUGUGCCUGAUAGCACGGUGACCAGACCGGAACCAGAAAUCCUUGCGGAAGUUCUUCUUAUGUCUGAUCUCGAUGGCGCUGAUCUCAGCUCUCUCAGUCCUUCCAAUAUAUUUAACAAAGUUUUUGCCGACUCUCGCCAUUUUACUUCCGAUUCCGCAAAUCCCAUCCACAACUCCUCGGCUAAAGAAACCGCCAACAAAACCCAGAGGACUAUUCCACUAAUAGAAUCCAACGGUGAGGAAAAUAUCGCCGGUCCUGUAGAUGAUACCUUGAGCAAUGAAGAAUUCGAUGACUCAACCCAAUACAUCAAUCUUCCACCAGUGAGAAAUAAAUUCGAACCCUCUGGCUAUUCCACACCCGUGGAUAAAUCCCCACCGAGUGGUGAGAAAAAAAAAAUACCAGCAAUGGGCAGAUUUCAAUUCACUAAAGUACAAAUAAAUGGCAGCACUAAACCCGUAUGGUUUCCUGGUUACAUCGUCAUAAGCUCUGUACAACCAAAUUACCUGAGGAUAACAGCAAAUCCGGAAGCUGCAUUGUCGGAAAUUUGGCGGCUGUGCAGACCCCAGAAUAUUUUACCAUCAUCCAAACUCCUCCUCACAUGAGCAUCCAUUUUUACCGAAUAAAUACAACGAUUGCGGUUUAAUUUAACUUCCGACAACGAGCGCAACUCAUCUCCAACUUCCUCUGGCUGAGUGGAAUUUAAAAAAUGGCAAAAAUAAAAAAUCUCUUGCCAUUUGAGAAAAGCUUCACACAGCUACCGAAUCCCCCGGUGAUAAAAAUUAAUGAGCGAAUAAACCAAGGGGAAUACAUUCGUCGAGUUAUUUCGUUAAUUCAGAGAUUAAAAUUGUAUUCAGCGAAUUGAUCGUGGAGUUAAAUGAAAAAUACAGGAGACGACGAAAGCGAGAGUCCGGAGUUUAUCGAGUGAAACAGAAAUCUCAUUUCUUUUUUUACAAGAGUAAUUUGACUGUUUGAAACAAAAGGGAUGGGAGGGGUAGUUGGAAUAAACCAUUGGAAGGGUUGUGCAAGGGGUAGAGGUACACUAAUCGAUGUACGUGCCACGUCUACCACGAGAGAAAAUUCUCGAAGAAGGAGAAUUCAGAGGAGAGUUAUCGAGCACCAGCAUUCGGACACCCCUCGAGUCACGUAGCAUGACCCAAAAACGUGACUAACCCUUAUUCUUACAGCGAAAUAGCAAGUAUUAAGAGAAAAAAAUAUACCGAGAAAAUCUCAAUGGAGAAACAAAUGAAAAGAAAUAUUUCCCGUAGAAACACGGACGGUGAAAAAUUCGCGAUUCCCAGGUUCUUGUCUGGUUCCUGUUGUAUACUCACCGGAAAGAAGCUUCUACAUGGCAACGAUAGCAACGAUGGCAACGAUAGCAACGAUAGCAACGAUGGCAACUCAUGGGUAAGAGAGAAUUUACAAUGAUUGUGAUCGGAAAUGACACAAAGGCGAGAGGAAAGAGAGAAGGAUAAAGGGGAAUUGAUCAACGGAAGGAUGCAGGAAGUCACUGGGGGAUCAGAAUACCCUUUGGCAUUGUUUGAAAUCUGCGAAUGGAGUACAAGCCGAUGAACUAGGGCAACGAUUUUUUAAAAUGGUGAGAAAAGCCAUAGGGAGAGUGGAAGAUAUGGCCAACUACUGGGCUACCGCUUGCUCUCAAACUGACAAAUGGUUGUUUACAAUGGAUUCGCUUGGAGCUUUUCACUGCAAUUGUAUUUCAAAUCGUUGAGAGGGGGUGUAAAUUUCUCGGUAGUCGUUGGGCUUCUCAAUUUUGCAAGGUUCAUUUUAUAUUGGGUUGAGGAGAACAGCAGAGGAGUGCAAGAUUUUGUGGAGGACUCUAGGUACCUUCAGAGGAGUUACGAGGUGAUGGAAAGUUAUUGGGAGUUAUGGGAAUUUAUGGGAAGUUAUGGGAAGUUAUAGGAAGUCAAUACUCGGGAUUCAGAUUAUUUAUCGGGGCAUGGUGGCAUCGUCCACCGAGUGAAUCAUUUAUUUUAAUGAUAAAGUCAUUGUUCGUCGGGUUUAUUCGUGUGUAUUAAUUGAAGCUGCAGGUAUAGAAUUGAAUUGAAAGUUCAGGGGAAUCACUGGCAAUCAUGAGGAAAUUCGUUUUGAGUAAGGAAUUCUGCACUCGGAGAAGCGCCGGGUCAAUUGUCAUCUGGGGAGAAUUAAUCGAUGACAGACGGUGAAUGGAUGAAUGUCAUUAAUUAUGGGGUAGUCAAGGUUCAGUAGCCUGCGAUCUGAUAAUUGUCAUUGAUUUGCAGCCAAUGGAUUGGCAAUUGUCGAGUGCUGCUAUUGCAUGGACAACUUGAUUUUAACUAUUAUAAAUAGUUCUCGUCGAUUGAAUGAAUUGUGGAGAGAAAUUAGCGGAGACAUUUUGUAGAUUAACGCACGGAAAAACAACAGUUGAGAUUUAUAGGGCAAAGCUUGAAAAGGGACGAGUGAAACUACCUUGGCAGUAUUUUCAGGGGUUCAAGCAAAUUAAUUUGACCCAAAUAUGCUUCCUCGGAGUUACAAACCUCAUGUGGAACUCUAUAUGUGGGAAUUUCGAGUAAUGGUGAAUGCCAAGGGGAAGGAGGAAUCCGGUGAAACUUUCGGAUCCAGCACUACCUUCGUCGGCUACAUUUUAUCCUGUCGCCAUCUUGCUUAUGGUGAAUUUUACUUCCUUUUAUGGCGUUCCCCACAAUAGCGGAAUUGGUGGGAUUUUUUUAUUUUACUGUCGGAAUAAUGGGAAACCUGGAAAGUGUUCACUGCGGACCAUCGACGUGAAAUAGAAGUUUUUCAAUCGUCAAUAACUCCAGAUCGAGGGAGUAAAAUUUAUCCUGAUCCCAUCAUUUUCUCAUCUUCUAGGUACUUGGUUUGACUUUUAAAUGAUUUACGGAAUUAUUCAUC